AUGAGAAUAUGGUUAAAGAAUAAAAGGAAGGGCCACGAAUCAAUUAUCUGGAGUGACACACAGGUGACAGAGUUGUUGGAGAAGGUUACAAGGAAAAUUAUUGAAAAGGAAAUCGAGGAUAAUCGUGAUGCAAGUGAUGUCGAGUCAAUUGACUCGGAACAACAAGAGAACUCGUCGUCAGAAGAGGAUAAAGAUAUAAAUCAUGAAGAGGAUAACGAGGAAGAGGUAGAAAAAGAAGCAAAUGAGGUGAAAGAUAUCGACGAUUCUGAUGUUUUUCCUGAAACAGAUCCACCUUGUUUACCAUUCUCUAUUCCAAUGUUGAAUGAAAUGUAUAAAAUCAAAUUACAAGGUAUCGACAAUAUGGAUAGCGGUAAUUCAAAAGAUUUGGCCAAAGAGGUUCUCAAUAAGAAGUAUGAAGAUAUCCUCGGUAUGGUUCAUAAUGUUUAUAUGAAACAUGAAGAGAUUGUCCGCUUAAUCCAUAAAAUUGAAAAUAAAAUACAAGAUUUUAAUAAAGAAGAUUUGUAUUAA